CAGCUGGACGGGACAGUGUAGCCAAUGGACAUUCUUCUUUUUCUAUCAUCGUCAUCAAAAUCCUUUUGAAUAUAAAAAAACUACGCGGUACUCUCUCUCUUUCAUCUCUCUGGGUUUUCCCUUUUCCGCAAUAAUGGAGAUUUGAAAACCAAAAUCACAGCAAUUUAUAUCAAAAUUAGGGUUUCAUCAUCUUCUCUAAUUAUCAAGAAAACGAGGGAGAGUGAGAGAUAGGGACGAAAGAUGUUAAUAGUUGAAGAUUUUGAUUCAUUACUCUUCUCUAUUGCUAAAGCUUGUACUAGUCCUUUUGCUGUUUUCAUCCAGAUCCAGGGAUGUUUCAUAUGUUUGUUUCUUGCUCUUGGAUGGGCGCUUGCUUCCUACGUGAGGAAUAGGGAGGUCAGGCGGCUGAAAGAUAAUAUGAAAGCGGGAAAUUUCUUUGGAUUUCUUUGUCAAGAUAUCAGUGAACUUGAGCACUCAAUGCAAAUCAAGUUGCCUAGAGUAUCGGUUGUUAUGCCUUUGAAGGGAUUUGGAGAACACAAUUUGCAGAACUGGAGAAGUCAGAUCACAUCUCUCUAUGGUGGUCCUUUAGAAUUCCUUUUUGUGGUGGAAAGCACAGAAGACCCUGCUUAUCGUGCUGUGUCUCGCCUGAUCUCUGAGUUUAAGGAUAACGUUGAUGCAAAGAUUAUUGUAGCUGGUUUGUCGACCACGUGCAGUCAGAAGAUUCACAAUCAGUUAGCUGGUGUGGAGAAAAUGCACAGGGAUAGCAAGUAUGUGCUGUUUCUGGAUGAUGAUGUUAGGUUGCAUCCUGGGACCGUUGGAGCCCUUACUGCUGAGAUGAUAAAAACCCCAGAGAUAUUCAUUCAAACUGGAUAUCCUCUUGAUCUUCCUUCUGGAAGUCUUGGAAGUUACUGCAUUUAUGAAUAUCAUAUGCCUUGCUCGAUGGGGUUUGCCACUGGAGGAAGAACAUUCUUUUUAUGGGGAGGGUGCAUGAUGAUGCAUGCAGAUGAUUUUAGAAAUGAUCUGUAUGGCGUGGUCUCUGGACUACGUGAUGGUGGUUAUUCUGAUGACAUGACGCUUGCAGCCAUAGCGGGUGCAAACAAAAGGCUGAUUACAUCACCCCCAGUUGCUGUCUUUCCUCACCCCCUUGCAUCUGAUCUUACUUUCUCAAGGUACUGGAAUUACCUCCGGAAGCAAACAUUUGUUCUUGAAUCUUACAUGACAAGGGUUAAUUGGUUUAUGAACCGUGCAUUGUUUACGGUACAUUGCUACUUAUCUUGGGGAUUUGUGGCACCAUUUUUCAUGGCUACGGUUCACAUCGCAGCAGCAUUAAGAUCAAGUGCAUACCCAUAUGAGGAAACCGUGAGUUCCACUGGCUUGAAACUCGUGGGGUGUUUAGCUGUGAGUGUUUUAAUAGAACUUCUUUCAAUGUGGAACUUGACUAAAGUGGAACUUCAACUCUGCAACAUGUUAUCUCCAGAGGAACCCCCAGUGUCUCUAGACUCUUAUAACUGGAUCUUGAUCUUCAUUGCCCUGCUGGUAGACAACUUCUUGUACCCGCUAUCCGCAUUUAAAUCACAUUUUUCUCAGUGUAUCAACUGGUCUGGUGUCCGAUACUAUUUGAAGGAUGGGAAGAUUGACAAGAUUGAAAGAAGCAACCAAUCUGGUCCGUUAGCAACAAAAACAUAUUCUGAUUUAGGAGGAAAGCAUUUAUUUGGAAAGAAAGGAGUUCCACCCAAAUUGUCAUUCCUCAGCUCGUUGGCAAGAAAUAUUGCGCAAUGGCAUCAACCAAAGAAAUUUGAUAGUUAGAUAUUUAUUCAUCAGUAAUUUUUAUUUAUUAUUUUUCGCCGUUGCAGGUAAAACACAACGGUAAUUUUUCCUUCUGUGUAUCAUUAUUUUAUUGGCCAGGUAUGGUGUUUUCUUCUGGUUUGUUAUGGGUGCUAAUUAUUCUCAUUCAAUCGAUUUGAUUCUUUAGUUUUUCAGUCGGGGUAUUGUAGGGUUGAUUUAUGUAGUGAUAUUUGUUUGUAACAUUAUCAUUGUGUAUAUUUAUAUUGAAACAAAUCUCAAUUAUGCAAUCUCAUUUCUUUUCCCGGUGA